AGACUCUCAUUUGUAUUGCAUGUAAUGCGUAGAAUACUUCAGUUGCAAUUUUGUAUUCGCGUGGAGUGUUUCGUUUUAGAUUUUCUGUUAAAAAUGAAUUCUAAAAAACACCCCGUUUUUUGACAUUGAAGCAAAAAGCUGAUAUUCUCGAUUCUUUAAAAAGAGGCUCAUCUAUGACGUUUUUAGCAAAGAAAUAUAAUGUUGCUAAAUCAACAAUUUGAGGAAUCAAAGCAAAAAAACAAGUGAUUUUAAAGUUCGUGAGCAACACAUACUCGGGACCUGGACAAAGAAGAACUCUGCGUCCUUCAGAGCUGCCCAAAAUGGAGAAAGCUCUUUAUCAUUGGAUCAUCAAAAUGCGGAAUAAAAACUGGCCAGUAAGUGCCUUAAUGUUGAAAGAAAAGGCCAAAGUACUGCAUGCACAAGUAAAGGAAAAUGAAUCUAACUUCAACGCUAGUGAUGGAUGGCUUCAAGGAUUUAAAAAAAGGUACGGUAUUCGACUGCUGCAAAUAUCAGGCGAAAAACUAUCUUCGCUGCCUCAGCUCGUGGAUCCAUAUAAGGAAAAACUUAUGGCUAAAAUGGCCGAACUGGAGCUGUGUAACGACCAGUUAUAUAAUGCUGAUGAGUCAGGCUUAUUCUGGAAACUUCUACCAGAAAAAACGUACGUGUCCAGUAUGGAAAAGAGAGCCUCAGGUUUUCAAGGAAUGGUUUCAUGAGUCCUUCGUUCCACAGGUAACGUCAUUUUUAAAGGAGAAAGGUUUUCCAAUUAAAGUUCUACUCCUAAUCGACAACGCUCCUUCUCACCCAAAUGAAGCUCAGCUGACAACGGAGGAUGGACAAAUUUUGGCAAUGUUUAUGCCACCAAACGUUACUCCCCUCAUCCAACCAAUGGAUCAAAAUGCCAUAAAGAUCACAAAGUUGCAUUACAGAAACAACCUUUUAGCCUCAAUAGCAGCUACAAACUCCAAUUUACUCGAUACGAUGAAAAAAAUUACUUUACGAAGAGCUAUAAAUCUUUUGGAUGCCGCUUGGAGUCGUGUCAGCGAAGUAACAUUAGCUAAUUGCUGGAAAUAUAUUUUAAAUUUUACCGCAGGUGAUGACGAUCCCGAAGAUAGUGUUCCGCUCGCAGUUUUAAACGAAAAAUGGGGAGCUGGACUUCGCGCCUUGAUGAGCAAUACCGCCGAUCUCCUUAACAGUUUGAAUGCUGAGGCUGAAUUAACGCUACCAGGCGUUCAUGAAUGGAACGAAGAUAUUGAAGAUGAUGAUGCAAAUGACGAGCAUGAAGAAGAAGACGAUUCCGAUGAAGGCAGCGUAUCGGAGGUAGAGGAGAAAAUUAAGCGGACUGAAGCAGUUGAAAUUUUCAACAAGGCGAUAAUGAUGUAAAUGUACUAAGACGUCUAAGAG